GUGGAGAUCGGGACGUUUUUGGGGUACAGCGCGAUCGCGACGGCGAUGCGGUUUAAGAGCGCGAGGGCGAGGAUGCUGUGCGUCGAGUACGAGGCGCGACACGCGGAGGUGGCGCGAUGGGCGCUCGCGUACGCGGGGCUGGACGAUCGGGUGCGAGUGCUGACGGCGGCGGGAUCGGAGGCGGUGGGGGACGCGCGCGCGUUCGUGGAGAGCGUGAAGGGGGUCGGGACGACGGAGGGCGCGGAUGUGUUGUUUCUCGAUCACGCGAAGGAGCGGUAUUUGCCGGAUUUGAAGUUGUACGAAGACGCGGGCGUGGUUCGUCGGGGGACGAUCGUCGUCGCGGAUAACGUCGUGUAUCCGGGCGCGCCGGGGUAUUUAGAGUACGUCGAUUCGAGCGCGGGUCGGUACGACACGCAUUUAUUGGAGGCGAUGUUUGAGUAUGAGCAGGUGUGGAAGGGCGAAGAG